UGUCGCGCAUGCGUGUCAGCCAUAUUUUAAUGGGCGAGGCCUUACUGUGUAAGGUGUUACGUUAUAUUUGAUUAUUUAGUGCAAAAAGUCGAUUGCCAGAAUGAGUGAGGACGGCACUGAUGCUGCCAACGGAAUGCAGCAACAGGAGGAAGUAUCGGAUACCCCUAAAUAUUCCCUGUAUAUUCGGGCUUCUUUGAUUGACAAUGAGACACAAGGUGCUUGUCCAAUGAGCCAGCAGGGGUUUAUGUUGUCAUAUAUAUUAGCUCAACAGAAAAAUGUAGACUUUAAAGUCUGGACAGUUAGUCAAGUGAAUCCACCUGCAGAUUUUAAAGAAAAAAACAGAGCAAAGAUCUACCCUUUCUGUGAAGGUAUUAGUGGCAAAGACAUUUUUGGACAGUCAAUAGAAGGUUAUACGCCAGAAUCUACGGAUGAUGUAGAAAAGUUCUUUGAUUCAGUGAAUAGUGACUGCCCACUUCUGAAACGGCCCAAAAAUACAAAAGACCACAUUCUUGGCAAAGUGGACAGCAUUUCAACGCAUUUCAAUGCAUUCAUGAAAGGAGUUAAUCAAGAGUCACAUUUGGCCAGACUGAAAAACAUACUAAAAAAAGUAGAUGAUCAUCUAGCAGAAACUAAAACUACCUUUCUAGAGGCUGAGGACUUGUCAUACACAGAUUGCUUCUUGUUGCCACGGUUACAACAUCUCAUCGUUGCUGGAAAGUAUUUCCGAGAUUUUGAGAUCCCUGAUUCUUAUAAGAAUUUGUGGCGUUACUUGCGGGAUGCAUAUGAUACACCAGCUUUCUCUGAAACACUCCCCUUAGAUGCUGACUUGUUAAAGUUUCACUGGGAAAGAUUCAGCGAUAAGGAGAUGUCAGAAUUCAGGAAAAAUGGAAUAAAAGGUCGCUUUGGUGUAGACCCAAAUCUUACGAAAACCUGUUCAAUUCCACCCCAAAUUGCAGCCAUGUUGGACAAUGAGGUAACUAACGGUGGUGGCGAGGAUGAGCAAAUGGCCGAUGAUGAUGCAGCAGAACAGGAACAGGUACAGGAAUAAAAGGGGAGAAAACAGAGCUGCAUCUCACCAAACUAUUGUUGUGGAUACAACUGCAUCUGCCAACUUCUAUUGCCAUAUUCAUAGAGCAGUGAACUGUACUUGUAUAUUCUGACACAGGUUUAUAUAAAGACAACUGUUCUUUAAAGCACUUUGAGACAGUAUUAUUGCUAUAAUGGCCAGAUAAGGAAGUUAUGUUGGUUUUGUUAAACACUCACAACAAGAGACUGGCCAUUCUAGCUUUAAUGACUGUGUGUUAAUAGAUAUAGAGACUAGCUUAGCAGUUUCGGCUUCAUUUCAUCAUAGAUAUAAUAGUGGAAGCUAUUGUUGAUAUGAGAGAGAUCAUUGAAAGUACUAAAAAUAAUACAAAUAUUUUUUCAGUUUGCAUAGGAAAAUUAAAAAAAAUGGAAGUUUUUAAUUCAGACUGUAGUUGUUUUUGUUGCAGCUAUCUGUAGGUUAAAACAGAAAAUAUGGUGCUCUUUCAUUGAGAUGGAUAUACAUUCCCUCGAUUUAUGUUAUUGUAGAUUGUCAAUAAAAUGUAGGCAGAUUUCUUAUAGAAUAGUAGAAGCAUUGUAUCACAAGUUCAGAGUUAGAAUAAUAUUGCAAUAAAAACUAUAGAAUAGCUUUGCGAAUUCUCUAGUAAUUAUCAAAGUUAAGUUCUUUCAAGUCUUGUUAGAUAUAUUUUCUGAAUGAACAAGGUUAUUGUAUUGUAGGAGAUUAUCUUUGGAAAAAAAGCAGUAACUGUCUCAAAAAAUCUUUAACCUUUAGCAUGCUAGAUAAAUUGUCGUCUGCUGGAAAUGUCGUCUGCUAAAAUUGUAAAGUUCAUUGAAUUUGCUCCAAAAUUGGAAGAAAUAUUGUCAGAGUAGCAAACAGCUUGGAACCUAAAUCGGCGUCUGAUCUGGUUCCAAGCUGUUUGCAAAGGCUGUUAAAUUCGCCUGCAGCAGGCUAAGGGUUAAAGAGCAAACAUUUUAAUUCAUCUAGCAUGUGUUUCAAAUUUUGUGCAGCUAAUAUUCCAGAAUCAUUGCAGCUGGUUCAAAACCGAUGUAGCGCACAUUUCAAAUUUACUGGGGCUACUGUCUGAAUAUUAUUCAAAAUUGAUACAGAUGGUGCAUCUACUUCAGAACAUAUGCAGUUAUUGUUUCAAAAUCAGUGCAACACAACAAGUUUAGAACAAAUGCAUAUACUGUUUCAGCACUAGUGCAGCUAGUGUUUCAAAAUUAAAAUGCCGCUACUGUUUCUAAAAUAUUACAGCUAGUGUUUCAAAAUAAUAACCAUGUUUCAAAAUUAAAACAACUGGUAUUUCAAAAAGAUAUGCAGCUAGUGUAGGAAAAUCAAUGCAGAUAGUGUUUCAAAGUCAGUACAGUUAGUGUUUAAGUGAAUGUCAACAAGCUGACAUUUCAGAUAUUCUGCUACAGAGGCAUUUUAUGCAUAUUUGUAAACUUGUAAUAUGUAACACAUGCAGAUUUCUUGUUAGAUUUUUAGCUUAAGUUAGUGCUAGCAUAAAUGACAUACUAGGCCUUCCAGAAACUUUUUGUAUAUAAAUGAAAUCAUUGCUUCAUCGCUUUUUGAAUUCUACACAGUUCAUACUAGUAUAGGUAACUCUUGUAAAUGAAAUUGAAUUCUUAUCUAGUUUUAUGAUAGCAGCCAAGUUUGAAAUUGGAAAAGUAGGGGCACAGUCUAGAGAUUUGAAAUUGGAAAAGUAGGGGCACAGUCUAGAGAUUUGAAAUUGGAAAAGUAGGGGCACAGUCUAGUUUAAAGACGAGAAUUACCACUAUGUAUAUUGUUGCAAAGCACAGUUAUUUUAAAUAAUGUGUCAAAAGUGUGAUAAGAUUUUUGUUUACAUAUCAGUUAAGAUUAAGAAUAAUUGAAAUUAUUUUUAUAGUAAAAGUGGUUGUUCUCAAGCACCUUGACAUUUUUAAUAUGCAUUUGAUUUAUAAUGAAAUGUGAUAGAAUGUUGCCUUAAUACUUGUACCUGUGUUGAAACGAUUAACCAGACCAUUUUAUGAACAGUUAAAUUCUUUAUGUACUAACAUACAGUAUUUACUAGAAUAAUGUAACCAAUUAAAAGUGCUUUUUUCAGCUUCUGUACAAAUUGUUUCUCUGUUCAAACUGAACAUAUUGUUUUAAAUAGAAUCAUGGUUCGUGUUGUAAAGUGACAGUCUGAAAACCUUGCUCUGUAAAGUUUGUUCUCUCUAUAAGUACCGGUAUUCUUAUAUAUUUGUUAUUCUACCCUAUGUGCCUUCAUUUUAUUAAUUGAAAAUGUUUUCAAACUUUAUGAUUUGAAUAGUGCAUUGAAAGUAUUUAUUACCUACAAACUUGGUCUCACUAGUUCUAAUGUAUUGUGAAUACAUAAUUGGCAAAUAUGUCCAGUAUAUAAUCUGUGUAUAGAAGUUACAGCUCUCGAUAAAUUUGGAAUUUGCUCCCAUUUUGUACAGGGCUUGAACUAACAGACCAUUGUUGUCUGCAUAAAUAUGCUAGAGGGUGCGUGAGGAAUGUUGCACAUUUCACUACCCUUCGUUUAUAGACUUGAUCAAGCCCAGUCUGCUAGUAUUCUGUUCUAUUCUUCCAAAGGAUUUACUCUUGGACCGUGGUCAGUUUUUUUCGUGUAAGCAUAAUGAUAACUUCUGUACACAGGUUUUACUGAGUUAUGUUAUUGUAUACCCGGUAUUUUGUUUUCUUGUUUAUCAUUGCCAAAGAUAUAUAUUGGGGCAACCUAACAUGUUAGUAACUGGACUGAGUGCAUGACUAUAGGUGUGUUGUGUCUGAAAAAUUAAGAAAUCAUAUGUAAAAAUGAAUUUGUUAAUGUCUUUUAUGCACGUUAAAAGAUUUGUUUUUGUUGGUCAUAGGGGUUUUAUUAUAUACAUACACAAAGUUUGAGAUGUUGAGGAUAAUUUUAUGUCUUCUUUUCUUCUCUUUCUUUCUUUUCACUAUGAUAAUGUUGGACUACGUUUGUUUUUAUCUGCAUGUAACUGGCAUGCAAAUUUAUGAUAAUGAAUUGUAUUUUAAGAAAUAUAGCCAAAUAUUGUCAAUGGAUAUUUGUUUUCAAGAUGAUACAAUGAAAAUUCUACGCAACAAAUGAAUUAAUGCACAAAAAUGAACAGAGUAGAAUAUAAAAUUUUAUUGUCAUAAAUUAAAGUGUCGACUAUGAAUCCCCCUAAAAUGAACUUUUUUAAACAAAUUUUGUAGUAUUAUGUUUGAUAGUUAUUUUAACCUUUAGCCUGCUGACGGCAAGUUAUUUAGCUUUUGCGACCAGUGCAGACCAAGAUCAGCCUGCAUAUCUGUGCAGUUUGAUCAUGGUCUGCACUGUUCGCUAUUCAUUCAGUACAUUUUCUGUGAACACCCCUUCAAAUAAUAGAUGGUACUGCCCAAAUUGAAUGAUGGACCAGUCCAUUUUAGAAACUUAGCAGGGUAAAGGUUAGAAAAUAGGAACUAUAAUUGCUGCCAAGGCCAGAGUAUAACCAAGUGUAAUACUAAUUUAUCUCGCUCUCCAUAACUUAACAUCAUUUACAUUUUAUAUGAUAUAUGUAGGAUAUAUGAACUUAUUCCGGUUACAAAAGAAAUUAUGUUAUAUUUAGUUCUAUUUUUGUACAAAAUAUUUGAAAAAAGUACACCUUAUGUGUUAUAUGAUAAUUGUUAACUUUAGAUAUAUGCGGUAAGCUACAUCACAGCUUCUACAUCACACCUAUAUUAAGUGUAUAUUUAGGGUGAAUUUAUCACAAACAUGUAUAUUUUAUCUUGAAAUGAAAAAAAGGAACCUUGCCCAUCUUGCCUCAUGUAAUGAGACAUUUUUACAUUUUACCCAUACAAGAAAAAUCGUGACUCUUGCAAAAUUUGGUUUUGUCUCGGUUUAUGAAAAUGGUUUUAUUUUUAGUACCUUUCUUUUAGAUACUUUGACAAUUUUCAAAUGCUUUUUCUAAAUAAAAUGUAUGGAAUGUUUUUCUCUCUAUAAUAAUCAUGAGCAAUGGGAAAUUUCCGAAUGUUAUAUUUAGAUUUGUUUUGUCAUUUUGUCAUACACAGCUGAAGCAUAUUGCCUGUAAUCCCAGAUCAUUUCUCUGUACACCCAUCAUUUAAUAUUGUGUAAUUUAGAGACCUUUCAACUUAUACUAUAUGGAGUUUGUUGUGUGUAUUAUUACAACGUUGAUUGCAUAGUAAUUAUUAGUGCUGAACAUUUCAUAGCUCUGUGGUUUUCUGCUUGUAUGUUUCUAAAAAAAAAAUCAGUUAUUUUUCCUAUGACUAAUUUAAAGUGGAAAAAAAUGGAAUAUAAAUAAUUGUUUGGGAUUUCUUUAUUUUCUAUAUUUGUGAUAAGUAUGUGAUUCCAGGUCAUUGAAAUGCUCAGCACUUGUGAAUAUUUCUAAUAAGAUAAAAUAAAAACGUAUGUAUUGGGCAGACUCGUGUAAAACAAUGCUUUUUAUACAUGUAUCUAAAUAUAUAUACACUAUACUGGUAUCAAUGUUUCAUGUUACAUUGUAUUACCAAUAAAAUUUGAAAUCGG